CAGUUUGCCCUCUGCAUGUUUCAACACCAGCAACUUCUCACUGUGAACACAGCCGCUGUCACAGCAGGACGAGCAUCACACGAGCCAGACCUCUGGAUGCUACCCGCUCUGUCCCAGGAUGUCUCUCCUCCAGGGUGUCCUCUGUCAGGUCCUCAGCUGGGCCGGCGUCUGUCAGGUCCUGUGCGUGGUCGGCACAGGGCUGGCUGCUGUGGUCGCAGCGUGGACGGUGAGGCUGUUGGUGCGUCACGCCUGGUACACACACAGGCUGUCUUGCUUCAGCAAGCCGCAUGCAGACUACUGGCUGAUUGGACACCUGGGCCAGAUGCAGAGCACAGAGGAAGGCCUCCUCCAGGUGGACGAGCUGGUGCAGACACACAAACACUCCUGCAGCUGGUUCCUCGGUCCUUUCUAUCACCUGGUCAGAGUCUUCCACCCUGACUUUGUCAAACCUCUACUAAUGGCUCCUGCCAGCAUUACACUGAAGGAUGAGCUCAUCUACGACCAUCUGCGUCCAUGGCUUGGACAGAGUCUGCUGAUAAGCAACGGGGAGGUGUGGUCCCGCAAGAGGCGGCUGCUGACUCCAGCUUUCCAUUUUGAUAUUCUGAAGAACUACGUUGCCAUGUUUAACAGCUCAGCUAACACCAUGCACGAUAAAUGGCGCUGCCUGGUGGCAGAGGGCAGGACCAACAUAGAGAUGUUUGACCAUGUCACUCUCAUGACGCUGGACAGUUUACUUAAAUGUGCCUUCAGCUACAACAGCAACUGUCAGGAGUCCACCAGUGAGUAUGUGUCAGCCAUAGUGCAGCUCAGUGACCUGAUAAUAGAUCGUCGCCUGAGGAUUUUACACCACUGGGACUGGAUCUACUGGAAAACACAGCAGGGAAAACAGUUCAAAAAGGCCUUAAGUGUUGUACACAGGUUCACCAGGGACGUGGUUCAGAAGCGCCGUGCCCUCAUCAACCAACAGAGGGAGACAGACUCAGAUCACACCACAGCACCACAGAGAAAGAGGGAUUUUGUGGACAUCAUACUGCUCUCACAGGAUGAGGAUGGAAAAGGUCUAACAGAUGAGGAGAUACAGGCAGAGGCCAACACCUUCAUGUUCGCAGGCCAUGACACAACAGCCAGUGCGAUUUGCUGGACGCUGUAUAAUUUAGCACGCCAUUCCCACUAUCAGGAAAAAUGCAGGCAGGAGGUGAUGGAUCUGAUGCAAGGACGAGACAGACAUGAAAUAGAGUGGGAGGAUCUGUCCAACCUCACCUUCACCACCAUGUGCAUCAGAGAAAGCCUUAGACUCCACUCUCCUGUGCAGGCUGUGACAAGGAAAUACACCCAGGACAUGAUACUGCCAGAGGAACGGACAGUACCACAGGGUACCAUUUGUUUGGUCAGUAUUUAUGGAACACAUCACAACCCCACUGUGUGGACAAACCCACAUGAGUUUAAUCCUCUGCGUUUUGAUCCAGCCAACACAUCAAACCGGGCCUCUCAUGCCUUCAUCCCCUUUUCCUCAGGCCCCAGGAACUGUAUCGGUCAGAAAUUCGCCCUGGCAGAGCUGCGAGUCGUCGUAGCAUUGACCCUGCUCAGGUUCCGCCUGACCCCAGGGGCAAACCCUGAACUCGGGACCGGCUUUGGAGGCAUUCGCCGUCUCCCCCAGCUCGUCCUGCGUGCUGAGGGAGGCCUGUGGCUGCAGCUGGAGCCUCUGACUACAGCCAACAUGGAGGAGCCACAGUCUGAUUGAUCCAACAAGAUGAAAUGUUCACUUGUUUUAACAUAACAACAAAAACACAACACUGUUCCUGUCACUGUAUGUAAGCUUAGUGAACUGUCUCUAAAUGCAUUUGCUGCCUUUAGGCCUCAUGAGUCUUUACUAUCACUUUAAAAGUGAAUGUAACAUUUAAUGUACUGUUGCACAAUGUGAUUAAGCUUGGUUUAAAUAAAUCCUGAGUUUAAAAAAACUUA